AUGUUCUUGAGAAAUAACAUUUUGAGAUCCGCCAAAUUGGCUACUAGAACCAUGACUACAUUGACUCCAGUCACCACCAAAUUGGCUCCACCAGCUGCUGCCUCAUAUUCUCAAGCAAUGAAAGCAAACAAUUUCGUUUACGUUUCCGGUCAAAUUCCAUACACUCCAGAAAAUAAACCUGUUGAAGGUUCCAUUUCUGAUAAGGCUGAACAAGUUUUCCAAAAUGUUAGAAAUAUCUUGGAAGCAAGUAAUUCUUCAUUAGAUAAGAUUGUUAAAGUUAAUGUGUUCCUAGCUGAUAUUAAUAACUUUAAGGAAUUCAAUGGUGUAUAUGCCAAGUAUUUUAACACCCACAAGCCUGCAAGAUCUUGUGUCGCUGUUAAGGCUUUACCAUUGAAUGUUGAUUUGGAAGUUGAAGUCAUUGCUGUUGAAAAAUAA